AUGGAUAAAAAGUGCAUCCUGUAUUUUCUGUUUCUCUGGUCCUAUUUGGUGAAUCUCGUCAAAGCAGAAUCAGAAGAAGAGAGCUCUGAUGACUCAAUGCAGUUGCGUGUUACCAGGAAUAAAAUUAUGACCGCUCAAUAUGAGUGCUAUCAAAAAAUUAUGCAAUACCCUACUCAACAAAUAGAAGGUGCUCACUGCAACAGAACCUGGGAUGGAUGGUUAUGUUGGAAUGAUGUUGCUGCCGGAACUGAAUCGAUGCAGCACUGCCCUGAUUACUUUCAGGACUUUGAUCCUUCAGAAAAAGUCACAAAGAUCUGUGACCAAGAUGGAAACUGGUUUAUACACCCAGAAAGCAACAAAACUUGGACAAAUUAUACCCAGUGCAAUGUCAAUACAUAUGAGAGAGUGAAGACCGCAUUGAAUUUGUUUUACCUGACUAUAAUUGGACAUGGAUUAUCUAUUGCAUCAUUACUUAUCUCACUUGGAAUAUUCUUUUACUUUAAGAGUCUAAGUUGCCAAAGGAUUACUUUGCACAAAAACCUGUUCUUCUCUUUUGUUUGUAACUCUGUUGUGACCAUCAUUCAACUCACUGCAGUGGCCAACAACCAGGCUUUAGUGGCCACAAACCCUGUUAGUUGUAAAAUAUUACAGUUCAUUCAUCUUUACCUGAUAGGCUGUAACUACUUUUGGAUGCUUUGUGAAGGAAUUUAUCUGCACACUCUCAUUGUGGUGGCUGUGUUUGCAGAAAAACAACACUUGAUGUGGUAUUAUUUUCUUGGUUGGGGAUUUCCACUGAUUCCUGCUUGUAUACAUGCUGUUGCCAGAAGUUUAUAUUAUAACGACAAUUGCUGGAUCAGUUCUGAUACACAUCUUCUGUACAUUAUCCAUGGUCCAAUUUGUGCUGCUUUACUGGUGAAUCUUUUUUUCCUGUUAAAUAUUGUACGUGUUCUCAUCACCAAGUUAAAAGUUACCCACCAAGCAGAAUCGAAUCUCUACAUGAAGGCUGUACGAGCCACACUUAUUCUGGUGCCCUUACUAGGCAUUGAGUUUGUGCUGAUUCCCUGGCGCCCAGAAGGAAGGACAGCAGAAGAGGUGUAUGACUAUAUCAUGCACAUUCUAAUGCAUUAUCAGGGUCUUUUGGUCUCUACCAUUUUCUGCUUCUUUAAUGGAGAGGUUCAGUCACUUCUGAGAAGAAACUGGAAUCAAUAUAAAAUCCAAUUUGGAAACAGCUUUUCACACUCAGAAGCACUCCGCAGUGCCUCUUACACCGUGUCCACAAUCAGUGAUGGUAUAGGUUACAGUACUGACUGCCCUAGUGAACACUUAAAUGGAAAAAGCAUACAUGAUACAGAAAAUGUUGUUUUGAAACCAGAAAAUUUAUAUGAUUGGUAAUAGGGGAAGUAUUGAUUUUACGAUUUUGGGACACUCUUAACUCAAGGACUUUGCUAUAAGGAGACUUCAAGAUUAAAGAAAUUUCUCAAAUAAUACACAGCAAGCCGGCCUUAUGAAUCCAUUAACUUGUGGAUAAGACAUUAGUGACUAGCUUUAUUGGUGGACAGCAUCUCGUGCGUCAUUUUGCCAGUGUCUAUGAUGUACAUACUCCCACUAUGACUGAUUUAAGCCUCCAACUUGACAUCAUUGAAAGUGGAAAUGGGAAAAGACGAACAUAAGCAGCUGAGACCACUAGGCUGGUCUAAACCCAGCACAGCACUCCAGCAAUUCACAAAUGGGUAAAACUGUGAAAGAGCCUAUGCACAUUGGCCAGAAUUCUUCCUUUUCUUAUA